AUGUAUAAAUCGAUUAUUAGGACGACCGGUAAGUUUGGAAAAACUGCUUCUGGUCGUACUUUUGUCACUACCUUACCUAAACCAUUGGCUACCAGCACAUCGCCAGGGAUAACUGCCGCAAAUAAAACAUCGAACCCGAAAACAGGAGAAUUACAUGUAUCUACACCAGUCGACACGGCAAAGAUCUCCAUUGAACCACCAGAAGGAUCGAAUAUAUCCUUGAAGUCUGCAUCUCGGGAUGCGUCGUUGUUUGGAACACGUCCAAUUUAUUUGGAUGUUCAAGCCACAACCCCUGUUGAUCCCAGGGUUUUAGAUAAGAUGCUUGAAUUCUACACUGGAUUAUAUGGUAACCCACAUUCAUCGACCCAUGCAUAUGGCUGGGAAACCGAUAAGGAAGUUGAAAGGGCAAGAGGGUAUAUUGCUGAUGUGAUAAAUGCUGAUCCCAAGGAGAUCAUAUUCACCAGUGGUGCCACAGAAACCAAUAAUAUGGCAAUUAAAGGUGUGCCACGUUUCUACAAAAAAACAAAGAAACAUAUCAUCACCACCCAAACUGAGCACAAGUGUGUUUUGGAUAGUGCCAGACACAUGCAGGAUGAAGGGUUUGAGGUUACAUAUUUGCCUGUUAAUUCAGAAGGGUUAAUUAACUUGGACGAUUUGAAGAAUGCAAUUAGAAAGGAUACUGUUUUGGUUUCUGUUAUGGCUGUCAACAAUGAAAUUGGUGUUAUCCAGCCGUUGAAGGAGAUUGGUAAGAUAUGUCGUGAGAACAAAGUGUUUUUCCACACCGAUGCUGCUCAGGCGUAUGGUAAGAUUCCUAUUGAUGUUAACGAGAUGAAUAUUGACUUGUUGUCUAUUUCGUCACACAAAAUCUACGGUCCAAAAGGUAUUGGUGCCUGUUAUGUCAGAAGAAGACCAAGAGUGAGAUUGGAUCCAAUAAUCACUGGUGGUGGUCAAGAGAGGGGUUUACGUUCAGGUACGUUGGCGCCUCCAUUAGUUGCAGGGUUUGGCGAAGCCGCAAGGUUAAUGAAGCAAGAGUUGCAGUUUGACAAAAGACAUAUCGAGAAGUUAUCGUCUAAAUUGAAGAAUGGGUUGUUGUCGAUUCCAUCUACACAGUUCAAUGGAUGCAACAACCCGAAUUCGCAAUACCCUGGGUGUGUCAAUGUAUCUUUUGCAUACAUUGAAGGUGAGUCUUUGUUAAUGGCUUUGAAAGAUAUUGCUUUGAGUUCUGGUUCAGCAUGUACUUCGGCAUCGUUGGAGCCAUCCUAUGUCUUGCAUGCAUUGGGGGCUGAUGAUGCGUUGGCGCAUUCUUCAAUUAGAUUUGGUAUUGGCAGAUUUACGACUGAGGCCGAGGUCGAUUAUGUCAUCCAAGCAAUUAACGAAAGAGUUGACUUUUUAAGAAAGAUGUCGCCGUUAUGGGAAAUGGUUCAAGAAGGUAUUGAUUUGAAUACAAUUGAAUGGAGUGGUCAUUAG